AUGGAUAAACCCUGUCCUAGACAACCACUAGAGGAUGGAAGCGCAGGCCUUGGUAUGCAUGAUGAACCCACCCGGUCGCUAAAAAUAAAAUCCAUUCCAACCAAUCAAUCUUCUUCUCAUUCUGAACUGUCUUUGUCCUUACAAGCCAAACCUAACAGCGAUGGUCAGUUUCUUAAGGCUGAACUUGAAAAGGAGCUGAGGGGUAAUCCAACUUUCCCCGAGAAUUCUCAUCGCGAGGACGAUCCUUUAUCAUUACAGAAUGCACUAAACUACAUUGAGACUUCAAAUUCCAUUUUAGGAUCAAUCCCCACGCCGGGUGAAUUUCCCCACCUCAACGAUCCCGGACGAUUUUCGUCCGAGACGUUACUUCCGUUUUCCAUCGACCCCAUGCUUUACGAGGAUCCUGAAAUAGAGGACGAGGAUACAAUCGAGGCGCACCACGCGCGAGGCCGAGUAGGGGCCUCUAUUAUGGCCGCGAUGAUGAAUUCCCAUCGUGUGGGAACCCCUGAGGGGAAUGGCGGCCUGGGGAAUAUCCGUAAAGACACAGGGCCUGGGAAGGACUGGACGGCACCCCGGGCGACUGAAAGCCCCCCCCCGCCCUGUUACAAGGGAGGCCCCUUCUCAAUUCUCAGGGAAACCUCUCAGGGGUGUUCUCCUUUGGUGGAUCCAUCCUCUCCGUUACAUCUCCCGACAGGUGAGGUUUUAGGGCAGUCCUCCUCCCCGUUACAUCUCCCGACGCGUGGGGUUUUGGCCUAUCCCUCGUUGGGGAUGGCGAGCUUUCGGAUGGUGGGGGAUUCGGGCCGGACCUGUUGGGUGACCGCCCCCCGUCAUCGUCCCGGCCGACGACGUUUGGAAUCUUUGCAGGGCACUCGGGAUUAUCGAGAAAGUGGAGGAGACAGUAAUUUUAAUUAUUCUGAGGAGGAGGAGGAGGGAUUCUCCUCAGCGAGUAUGGACGACGUCGACGCGGUCCCGAUUAGAUGGCAAGGACCCUCGUCGUUGGGUCUUUUAGGUGGUUCUACCCGCCUUAAGGAUCUUUUCCGCCAGCUCGACGAAUCCAAGGCGGCGGCGGAGGAGAAUAAACGGCGGCGCGAAAACGCUGAUCCGACCGAGGCUUUUUAUCCUCCUCCUCAACCCUCUUCGUCUGGUUCGGAUGAGCUGUGGGUGGUGAAGUAUGCACCUCGACACUUUCGCGAGGUCCUCAGCGAUGAGGCGAUCAACCUCCGUUUGCUGCGUUGGUUAAAAAGUUGGGACCCUUAUGUCUUCCAAGGCGGCGAGGGCCAUCCUGACGAGGCGGUUCCCAUUUUCUCCCCUUCCUCCACUGGAUCUUCGCAUUCGCAUCCGAAUUCUUCAUUUUUGGAGGGGAAAGGGGGGCCGGAGGGGGAAAAAAAAGAAAAACCACCAGUUUUUCUUCCCCUUCCUCCUGCGGAGCGGCUGGCCCUGAUGGUGGGUCCACCAGGGGCCGGAAAAACGACGCUCGCGCAUAUUUUGGCCGCCCACGCAGGCUACGAGGUCGUUGAGGUCAACGCGAGUAUGGAGCGGACAUCCGCGCAGCUGGAAGGGAUUAUUCGAAUGGCCGUUUCCUGCGCAGGGUCCUCCCCGUCUUCCGCGCGUCUUUUUUCCCGACGUCAAGGCGCUCGAGGGAGGGAGGGGCGAGACGAUAGUUCACAUUCAGAGGCCCCUCUUUCGUUUACCGGACCCCGCGCAUCUUCCGCGUCGUCGGUUUCGCAUUCCACCUCACUGAUUGAGCAUCUUUUACGUCCGAAAUGUCUUAUUAUUGACGAGAUGGACGGCAUGGCGACCGGGGUCGGGGAGCUACUCUUAAAUAUGGAGAUCCGCCGGCCUGUUUUUUGCCUUUGCAAUGACUUCUACGCAAGCUCGCUGUGGGGAUUUCGAAAGCGAUGCCAAAAUGUCUUUUUUUUCCCCCCCAUUCCCCCGCAAAGAUUACUUUCUCGAUUAAAGGAGAUCGCAACAAAAGAGGGCCUCGCGGUGAACCAGGCGGUACUCGCCGAGGUGAUUCAGGCGAGCAAUGGCGACGUUCGGAGCUGUUUGAAUACUCUACAGCUUAUAAAGUCCAUGCCCUCCUCUUCUUCCACAAAUUCCCAUGAUGAUAAUCAGCCGCAUAAUAUUUCAACCUUUGAGGAGAUUCGUCAAAUUCAAGGAAAAGACGUGCAAGUAGAUCUGUGGGAGGGGUGGCGACGAGUCUUUCAUAAGAUGGAUCGCACCAAGGCGAUUCAGCAGUUGAAGGAGUUCGGUAUCGACUACGACGAUCUCAUCGCUUCUGCAUCUGCGAGAGGCCAUCCUCUUCCUCCUCAUAAUUAUUAUCAUUCUUUUGAUCAGGAGGAUGGGAUGCCGAUAAAUCGGAAACGAAUCCGUGAGGAGCCUCGAAAUGCGUUCGUAAAUGAUCUUUCCAACGUGAAGGUCGGCGAACGAUCGACGAUUUCCUCACGAUCGGCUCCAGUUAAGGCGGCUUAUUUUCGUUUUGAUCCUGGAUAUAUUUAUCUUUCCCGUCUCCUCGGGCAGCGCGCGGGGGGUUUAUUCGGGGGCAGGACUUUUAUCGACGGCCUGCAGGAUAAUUUUUUAACCCAACCUUACAGCGAUUACGUUUUUGAACACACUAACGCCGUAGUGGAGGCCUUUUCCACGCAGAAUCUUUUCACUGCCAGGGGUUUUGCGCACAACACCCCCGGUGGGAUCAACUUUGCCGCGAAGUUUGAGCUCAUUACGGCGCUUAUUUGUCAUCACCAUUGCGGAGGACGACCCCUUUCAGAAGGAGGAGGGAAAUUUGCCGGAAAAGGCGGAUUGCACUUCCCGCGUGAACAGGCUCAGGCCCAGAAGCUUUUAAAUAACUCGUUGAGCACGUUGAGGGCUUUUCGCGAGGGCUGCACCUCGCUGGAGGCGGUGAAUCAUCUUUGGGGAAUGGAAUCUCUCGCCGGGGAGGUCUGCCCGCUGCUCUUGCGUAGUCUUUUCGAUUCCCGCCUUCGUUUGUUUUCCUCCGCUUCUUUGUCGUCUUCGUCGCCUUCUUCGUAUUGGACUGCGGAUUUGAGCAGCUUACCGGCGGUCGAUCAGGGGUAUUUAAAGGCGGCAUUAGGGCGUCAUGUGGUAUAUGGGCUUUCCUAUCAAAAGCAAACUCAUCAGGAUUUGUAUUUCUUUAAUUCACUUUUAAAUAACGGGGGAGUGAGCAAUCGGGUUGGAUUCGGCUCGACACCAAUGACAAAUGGACCUCUUUCUUCUUCCUCGCCGAGUAGCUUAGGGGAGGAGGGGGGCAUACGCUCAGAGGAGACGUGGGUUUUGACGCCUUCCAUCGAUCACGUCGGAGGGUUUCAUCGGCAUUUUAUUCGGGAAAAUACCCGAGAUCUUAACGAAACUUUUAAAUUAACCUUAAACUCUUCUUCAUCAGUAUCCUCAAAUGGUAUGAUUGAAGCGCGUCCGGUAUUACCUCUUUACAUGACGAUGAAGGACGAGAUUAAGCAGAUGCUCGUGGGCGCGAUUCAGCGGCAUGCUAUUAUGCUGAAAGCUAAAGGAUCUUUUUCAUCUUCAUUGCAAGGGGAAAAUCACUCUAAUUUGAGUUUGAAUAACCCAGGGAGUGCUUCUAACGCUAUGCGUGGUGUGGAUAAUAUUAAACAACCAGCCUCUCCUUUAUCAAAGCGAGAAUCCACGGAAGAUUCUAUCAAGGAUGAAGUGGGUUCUUUCACUAUUUCCUCCAUUGCAAAAAAGGCGUUGUUAAAUGGAAGUAUAUCCUCUGGAAAAGAAACAUCUGAAAAGACGUUAGUUUCUGGCGUAAAGCGUGAUUUUUUCGGUCGAAUUAUUUCGUCUUCUCCUCGAACGGGAGGAGGGGCUUUAAAAGGUUCUUCCACUCCAACCUCUUCUUCUUUUAAUAACCUUGCAGCAUCUCGCUUAGCACCUUUAAAGACCCCCGUACGUUAUAUUUACCACGAUGGUUCCACCAACGCCGUAAAAUUUCCAGCGACUAUUCACGAUUUUUAACAAUCUAAGCACGCGCGAUAUUCGUAGUAUUUCUAUUUUUAUUUUGCCAGCUCUAGCGUGUAUAUGGUUUCUUUCUUCACAGAUUCAAUUGUUCUUGCAGGUUUUCAGGUAAGAUCGAGUGUACUCGUGAUUUUUAUUUUAUAAUGGAGAAGGUGCUAAUCUGGGUUAUUGAUCAUUCCUUUGAUGUGCUCUAUUUUCCGAAUGAUUUAUCUAUGGCUUACACUCCCGAGAUGUUUUCAUCUAAAAGCUUUUAGAGGGGUUAAAAGCUGAAACCAUAACAAAAGUGAACAUGAGACUGCAACCUAGACAACAGGAAUAUUAAUAAU